AUGUGCCCGGAAAGAGAUAUGGACAAAAUCGCCAAGGGCUGGACGAUAGCCAUGCUCUACUCAAAGGACCGCUUGAAAAGAGUCCAUGGCUGGGGAGACGACCAGCUGGACAAGGCCGUCAGGGACGGCAAGCUGGUGUUGGAAACGGUGUGCUUGUUUGUGCACGCCUGCGUGAAGCGUGGACAGUACCAGAUGCCUUGCGAGUUUUGGAGGAUACUCCACGCCGAGUACGGCAUUGUCGUAUACCCGUCGGCCUUGACCGAGGAUGUCGACGUGCAGGGACUGGGCGUGGACGUGACGUUUACCGAAGCCUACUGCGGUCACAUUGUCAUGUAUGGGAGGUGUUGCGGCUCGAUCCCACCACCUUGUCCGAUGGAGUUCCUGCGAGAGCCACCUCCGGUAUACACGAGAUAG